UAUAUUUUUCAUAGUAAUAUGCUUCAAAACUCAAAAUUAUACUUCAAAUGGCAAUGAAUUCACACACAGCACCAAUUCAUGCAUUCACUACCCAUUUCCCAAAUUCACCUUCAUUAUUAUUACCAUCUUUUAAACCAUCAAACCCUCUCAAUUUCACUCCUACUAUCAGAACAACAACAACGGUUAAAUAUCAUCACAGACAAAGAACAGUAAUCAGAUCAACCCUUGAUGACAUUCAAAGAGAUAAACUUUCCUCAACCCCACUUGUUGUUCAGGACGUCAAACCCAAAAGGGAGUUAGAGGAAAAUGUGAAAGUGCUAAAAAAUGCAGCUAAGACAAGAAAGGUACCAACAGAGGAGAUUCUUUCUGCACUGUCUUUCAUUGAGAAAGCAAAAGUUGAUCCUUCUGGUUUUCUUGACACCCUUGGAGGAAAGGAAUCCCCUGGGAGAACCUGGAUGCUGAUUUUUACUGCAAAGACAAAAUUAGAUGGUGGUCGUUAUUUUCCUCUUACAGCUGUUCAGAGAUUUGAUGCUUCUGCAAAGAGGAUCGAAAACGGUGUAUUUCUUGGACCUAUUGGACAAUUAACAUUUGAAGGAAAAUUUUCAUGGAAAAACAGAAUACUGUCUUUCAUUUUUGAGAACCUUAGAAUAAAAGUUGGACCUUUAAAACCUCUACAAAUCAGCCUUGGACAAAAGGAUGACAGGGAACCAAGUACCAAGGAUCCGUUUUUCAUCUGGUUUUAUGUUGAUGAGGAAAUAGCUGUUGCUCGAGGCCGAAGUGGGGGCACUGCAUUUUGGUGCCGGUGUCGUCAGGUUGAUAAUUGAUUCCUUCUAGCGUCAUUUUAAGUGUCUUUUUCUGAGUUUCUGACUUACUGGAAAGAAAGAUUAAUGUAGAUAAUUUGAAGCAGUUGAAGUUUCUUCAGGUGAGUUACUUUUUUGUGCAUGUGUACUGUUAGUUUUAUAGUACAUACAAUCCAGAAACUGAAAUGUAUACAGAUAUAAUAUCUUAUUAUGAACCAUGUGUCAAGACAAACAAUUUGAAUCCAAAUACUGCGGAAUGAUUUGAUAAGUA